ACAGUCUGAUUAUUUCCUGUUCGCUUGCCCUUCAUACUCUCCCGUUCCCAGGCUGAACCUCGCUUAACUGCUGUGUAGGUGUGCAGACAGGACUGACCGCCGCAUCUUCUUGACAUCAUGGGUCUCACAAGUGAUUCAAACUACAAGAAACUGGAAAAAUGGUACAGAUCCAACGCUGGCAACCUUAACAUGAGGCAGAUGUUUGACGCCGACAAGGAACGAUUCGGCAAGUUCAGCACAACGCUUAACACCGACGAUGGAGACAUCCUGAUCGAUUACUCAAAGAAUAUCAUCAAUGAGGAGGUCAUGAAGAUGUUGAUUGACAUGGCAAAGUCGAGGGGAGUGGAGACUGCCAGGGAGAAGAUGUUCAGUGGCGAGAAGAUCAACUUCACAGAGGGCCGCGCUGUUCUCCACACAGCUCUGCGGAACCGGUCCAACACCCCCAUCCACGUCGGCGGGGCAGACGUAAUGCCCGAGGUUAACCGGGUGCUGGAGAAGAUGAAGCAGUUCUGUCACAAAGUACGCAGUGGUGAGUGGAAGGGCUUCACUGGACAAGCCAUCACAGACGUUGUUAAUGUGGGCAUUGGAGGAUCUGAUCUAGGCCCACUGAUGGUGACUGAAGCACUGAAGCCCUACUCCAAGGGAGGGCCCCGUGUCUGGUUCGUGUCCAACAUCGAUGGGACGCACAUGGCCAAGACCCUGGCGGACCUCAACCCUGAGAACACGCUUUUUAUCGUUGCGUCUAAGACAUUCACCACCCAGGAGACAAUCACCAAUGCUGAGACUGCCAAGGAGUGGCUCCUGCAGAACUUUCAAGAUAAAUCCUCAGUGGCCAAACACUUUGUGGCUCUCUCAACUAAUGCUGCAAAAGUGAGGGACUUCGGGAUUGACACCGAGAACAUGUUUGAGUUCUGGGAUUGGGUUGGUGGUCGGUAUUCCCUGUGGUCUGCUAUUGGACUGUCCAUCGCAUUGCACAUUGGAUUUGACAACUUUGAGCAGCUGCUCAGUGGAGCCCACUGGAUGGAUAACCACUUCCGCAGCACUCCCCUGGAGUCCAACGUGCCCGUGAUCCUGGCCGUUCUGGGAGUCUGGUACAUCAACUUCUUCCAGGCCGAGACCCACGCCAUGCUGCCCUAUGACCAGUACAUGCACCGCUUCGCUGCGUACUUCCAGCAGGGGGAUAUGGAGUCCAAUGGCAAGUACAUCACCAGUCAGGGCUCACGUGUGAACUACCACACCGGGCCUAUCGUGUGGGGAGAGCCUGGGACCAACGGACAGCACGCCUUCUACCAGCUCAUUCACCAAGGCACGCGUAUGAUUCCUGCUGACUUCCUCAUCCCUGCCCAAACCCAGCACCCACUCAGAGAGAACCUGCACCACAAGAUCCUGAUCGCCAACUUCCUGGCCCAGACCGAGGCCCUGAUGCGGGGGAAGACCUCCGAGGAGGCCCGCAAGGAGCUGGAGGCCAGCGGGCUGAGCGGGGAGGCGCUGGAGAAGCUGCUGCCACACAAAGUAUUCCAAGGAAACAAACCAACCAAUUCCAUUGUGUUCAAGAAGUUGUCCCCCUUCACUCUUGGAGCUCUUGUUGCCAUGUAUGAGCACAAGAUCUUCGUGCAGGGCGUGAUGUGGGAGAUCAACAGUUACGACCAGUGGGGAGUGGAGCUGGGGAAACAGCUGGCCAAGAAGAUUGAGCCAGAGCUUCAGGACGACAGUGCAGUGAACACUCACGAUUCCUCCACCAACGGGCUCAUCAACUUCAUCAAGAAAAACUACGCUUGAGCCCCACUGCCCCAUGGGAAAUCACCAGAGCGAGGACCUGACACCAUAGCCACUUAGCCCUAUGAGAAGCAGAGCACUUUACACGUGUAAUCCCCUGUUUGUGUAACUAAUGUGUUGUGAAUCGUGAGACUUGACUGUACUUGUUAGUCUGUUAACUAAUAAGCGAAUUGCCAGGCGUAACUUGAUUAAGUGUGCAGAUGUUAUGCCACACCUACCCCAUUCUUUACCUAGUGAAGAAAUAAAUGUCUGCUUGUCACUUUA